AUGGCUGCUCUCUCUUCAUCAAACCUACUGAAACUGCCGGACGAACUUCUACUUGAGAUUCUCAACUAUAUCGACCAUUUUGCAUACGCGUGGCGCACCAAUUCACUUUAUGGACUCAAUCUCGCCAGCCGACGCCUUCACGCUUUGACCAAGCCGUAUCUGUAUUCGACUUUCUCUUUCUAUGCUGGCCAUCCUUGCUUGUUUCUCCGCACCAUAUCCCUCAACCCGGAUUUAGCCUCUCAAGUGAAGGGGGUCUGCUGGGACUAUGACACCAGUGCAGCAGGAUCUUUCGUCUACAAGCCGGGCGUCCUUGCAGUGAAGCAAGAAUUCCAGCUUGACGAUGCUUGCGACAAGCUACAAAAUAUUGCCGUGCAAGGGAACUUGAUUGCCAGACAUCUCGUUGCUAGUCUGACAUUAGGACGCCUACAUCUAGGUGAUCUAAGAGCACUAGAAGUGCUAUUGAUGUUCACUAACAACAUGGAACAUUUGGAAGUGGCUGAGACAUACAGAUGGGAUGAUCACCAUUAUUGGUUUACACCCAUUCUCUGCAUGCCCAACAACUUUUUACGACUUACUUCAGCCACCUUACAAGGUCCCAUGCGUUCGGAGAACGUCGUAGGGCUUAUGAUUCUUCCUUCGAUGCGAUGCCUGGAGCUUACUCAGGUUGUCGAGAUGCGACAAGAGCAGGACCGAACGCUCCAAUGGCAGGAUCCGUCAUCAAACGACCCAAUUUUCACAGGCGUCUUCAAUCAGCGGAGCUCGAACCUUGAACAUCUCCGCCUUCUAGACUCCUACACUCAGCUACAGGAUGUUAUGCAAAUCUUGCGCACUACGCCAAGCUUGAAAUCGUUUGUCUACGAGCAUAUCGUAAACGAGCUAAGCCUACACUACUUGGACAUGCCUUACGACAACCUCAACCAAAUCUUAGAGCUACAACGAGAGACUUUAACCUCAUUACGCAUUUCCGCCAUGCACAGUUGGGAUCCAAUCCCACUACCAGCGCCCUGGGAAGACGAGAAUGUAAUCUUUGAGGCUGUUCAGGAUUUUCCCAAGUUGACCCAUCUCGAGGUAUCCUACUCAUGCACCCAGUCUAGGCAGUGGCUCUAUCGAGCACCCAAGUGGGAACAAUUGCCUCCAAACCUAGAACACUUGACGAUAGACUACCUCAGCGCUCAUGAGUAUAUCGAGCAUACUGAGGGCACUGCAGAGCUGGAGCAGGGUCUGGAGGAUUUAGCGAUUCGCAAAAGGCGAGGCGAGUUGCCCAAGUUACGAAGUGUGGCUUUUAACAACUGGCAUCCAUACUACGGUAGCUUUCCGCGAGAUAUAUCUAUCGGAAAAGUACUGGGUGAUGUGGGGAUUCAGUUGAUGUCGAUACCUGCGAGAAUUGGCUCUACGACAUACAUGAUGGAGGAUAUUGGAUGGGUUGAGUUGCAGUCUGAGCUAGAUUGGGUGAUUAUUGAGAUAUAUCGUGUGGACGAAGAGUGA